ACCACUCCCCCCCUCAAAAGGAGAACAUAUUUCUGUCUGCUCCCCAUCCCUCGUCAACCUGGAGGAGAGACAGCGCAACUACAUCACCUCCCCUGCCUCCUCCUCACAGCGUUGGUCGCCAUCCAUCCCCUCUCCUCCUCCUGUACCAUAACAGAUGGUGGGAACAACGUUUCAUGCACCGGGCACCACAACAAUAGACCGCAGCAUCCCGUCCACCCCGUUACGGCCUUGCAGCAUCAUGCUCCCGGCGAAGGACUGCAGGAAGCUCUGAGUGCCGUCGUGAAUUGUUUCACGCCGGUACCAGCCAAAACCAUCACCACCACGGCCACGGAGGAACCUUCUUGCCACUGUUUGGGCUCUCCACCGAGCAAAGGAAGAUGGCCGCUAUGAAAAUAUUAACCAGCGCUGGGCUUUUCUUGGCUUUUUGCGCGCUGGGUCUCCUCGCCAUGGCGAUCUGCACCGACUACUGGUACGAGACCGACGCCAGGAGACACCGAGAGAGGUGCAAAAACUAUGCCAACAAGCGGAACGACCCCGGUUACAUCUACAUUUCAAACCACAACCUCCCUCUCCAGAUGCCUCCAAAAACCGGCCCAGAUGCUGCUCCUCUCGUUAGGGGGAAGCGGCACUUUCUGCCCGCGUCGUCUUCAAUGGAGUCCCACUGCAGCCGACAGUUCAACUCUACCGUCUCCGGGCUUUGGAGGAAGUGUCACCGGGAAGGAUUCGACCUGGAGACCGAGGACCUUAUUUACAAAGGAAUAAUUCAAAGGUGUACCCCAGUCAAGUAUCACUACUCCUCGUCCAUCCUUCCUCGGAAUUUACCCAUCAACAUCACAAAGACCAUACGUCAGGAUGAGUGGCAUGCUCUUCAUCUAAGAAGAAUGACAGCCGGCUUUGUGGGCAUGGCCGUGUCCAUCAUUCUUUUUGGUUGGAUCAUCGGAGUGCUGGGAUGCUGCCAGCAGCAUGACCUCAUGCAAUAUGUAGCCGGCCUACUCUUUCUCAUGGGAGGAACAUGUUGCAUCAUCUCCUUGUGCACAUGCGUGGCAGGAAUCAACUUCGAGUUGUCCCGCUACCCGCGCUACAUGUACGGCCUCCCUGAAGACAUUAGCCACGGCUACGGUUGGUCCAUGUUUUGUGCCUGGGGGGGCCUCGGCCUCACAUUGCUGGCCGGCUUCCUCUGCACUCUGGCUCCCUCCUUGAGCACGCCCGCUCGCACGACGACCCACAAACCGAGGCAGGAGAACGGAACCGUGUGACAUGAGGUGUUACACGGAGACUGACCCACCAAACGCACAAAGCACACCUUCCCAUGUUUAACUCUGAAACAGUUCUCGUGUAAUCACCGUAUCACAACACCCUCAACGUGGCCAUAUCCUUUCAGUGUACAGUGUGCCUGAUCUGUGACAAAAACGCAACAAAAUAAAAGAUGAACUUCACACAUCAAAAACCCCCUCGAUGGACCUUCAGGAACAUGAAGAACAACUUGUACAGCAGCUCAUGAGUGGGAAACGGCUUCAAAAAGGCCUCUUUGUUGUUGUUGUCUGUUUUGAUUUCUGAGAUGCUGAUUUUUCUGGCGCUUUAAAGAGAACAGAUAUCUCUGAAUAGAAUUACUCUUAAAAUGGUGCUCUUUGAAACAAAUAAAGCCACUUACACUCCUACGAAGGAAACACACAUGCAAACACAUAUCUUCUCAGUUCCUCUGGAGAAAUCUUGAGAGAAAUCCUCAAACAAAAAAAAGUCAACAAAGCAAACAUCAGUCCAGAACAACCUGCCAGGACUCUGAUCUAUGUCAUUGUUUGUAAUGAAGAAGGAGGAGAAGAAGAAGAAGAAGAAGAAGAAGAAGAAGAAGAAGAAGAAGAAAAAAAAACACACAAAAAAAACAGGCGUUUUGUUGCUCGUAUCUUAGUGAAAAACACAAACUGGUAUGAAAAAUUAAUCAGCUGUAUAAGGUUGCGGCUUGUAAAAAUAUUACACCAGUGUGACAUAACACACUAGAGAGAAUUAGCCUCGAACAUCAAAGAAAAUGCAUUUCUAUGUAGAGCCAGAUGUUUGUGUGAAAUUAAUAUCUUUUUUUUUUUUACUUUUCUCUCCUAACAGUAAACGAGGUUAAGAAUGAUUUGUAAACCCAAAAGCCAAGUAAAAAAAAAACAUGAAAAAUAUGAAAACAGAGAAGCUGCUGAGCUCUGACCUGAUGUUGACGUUAUUGCUCAUGCAGCCCCGUUGCUUGGUGACAGCUUAAUAAUAACCUGACAGAAACCAAGAAGUGAAACCAAGCUAUUAGCUAAAGAAUAUGUUUUAGUUUUGUCUUAAUGAUGGCCGCCUUUUUAGUCUCGCAAACACUGAACACAAGCACAUUAAGCUAUUACGGAGAACAAGAAAAGCAACGGUGGUCAUCAGUGCAACACCACACUCAUGAUUUCCUAACCUAAUUAUAGAGAUGCUGUAAAGUCAAACAUUGUGAGAAGGGCAAAUAUCUCCAUAUCAUUUGCAGCACGGAAAGCAAGCAGGAAACGGGCAGCGGUGCUAAUCAUACGUACUGCUCCCUUUGCAAUUAGUGACACUCCUGAUAAAGAUCUCUAAAACGUCUUAAAAUAAAUAAUUUAUUAUAGCACCAUCAACUGAAGAUUUUCAGAAAAAAAAGAUAUUUAAUUUGUGUACAUUUACACAGCCGGGGAGAAAAAAAAAAAACUCACGUUGAGAAAUAAAAUGCUUUUUUUUUUCUCUGUUAUGUAGUUAUUUGUACCCUUAGCAAUUUUUCUGAAACGUAAAAUUUUCUUCUUUUUUUUUGUAUAUUAAUCGUUUUAAUGUUUUCGGACUCAAGCUGCAGGUAGAAUGCUAGUGUUUGUCUUUGUGCAUAAACUUUUCUCCCUGUGCAAACGCAGGUUCCCUCCAGCUUCACCCCACACUAAAAACAUGCCUGUUGGAUUAAUUGACUUCUCUAAGAAACCAAUUAAAACCCUGACAAGAAAAGACCAAGUUCAGACAAUGGAUGGUUUCAGAACUUUUAAUUAGUAAACUGUUCCCAUUUACCUGGAAUAUAAAUUUAAUGUGACACCGACGUACAUUUUAUUUAGCCACCAGGAUGGAUAAGCGCCCCAGCUUAUUUUACCGUUGUGCAAAGUAAGGCGGAUGGUAAAAAAAAAGAGAAAAAGUCAUUACUAGAGCACUGCAGCAAAUAUUGGCAUCUUGGCCUCACUAAAUCUAGUUAUUUGGGUGUGAUUCUAGAAAAAAAAAGUCUUCCACCAUCAUAAAUGUAGGGAUGUGCAGUUUUCCAAAUGCUACCUGGACUUUAUCCGAAACUGUUCUUAGUAGAUCAAGACUGAACUUUUUAGCUAUAUUCCAGAUGUGUCUGAAAAAAACCCCAAAAUGUUUGGAAAAGCACCUCAUGCUCACUGCUAUACAUAUGCGAUACUUUCUUUUGCAAAGGCUCUUGAAACCUUCCUAGAGUUACUGGAGUCAUGAACUCAUUGAGAUGCCAGAAAAUUCAUCCAGAGUUUCAAAAGUUUGAUAAUUCAAAACAUUUGGCUGAAUCAGGGCACAAAUGAUUCCCCCGACACAAAAUAGACCUUCUUUGAUGGUUUAAUUGUUAUAGAAAAUGUCUGAUGAGGUGAAGAAGAGGCGGCUUCAGACGAGGUCCAGGACUAAAAACAUCCUCUUUCUGUAUGGUGUAAUAUUGUGAAAUACAAUAAGAAAGAAUUAAAUGCUGAUCUAUUGGCAAAAAGGGUUUUUGCAGAGUAUUAACAGCAGGGGUGCCAAUAAUUGUACCGCUGAUGAUUUUGUGAAAAACAUUAUUUCUCAACAUGUUUUUUUUUUUUGUUCUGCUUGAUUAUGGCAGGUUUAUUUAAAAGCUUAUUUAGAUUUAUUUUAUGCUUCUUUACCAGAGGUGCCAGAAAAUGUGAAGAGGGUUAUGUAUAUUAUAAAUGGAGUUUAUUUAAAACUUAACAUUUGUGAAGAUCCACAAAAUCAGAAGAAAUGCAGUGUUUAUUCCAUAAAAGCAGGUUUAACACUGAGGCUAGGAUUACCGAUCUGACAGUAUCAUAGUGUCCCUUCUCAAACUGUAAAAUAUUUUUUUUUCUAUUAAGCAAAAACAACUUUUAUUGUGUACUAACUUUUAAAAUGUGAAACCUGCAAAGACACAGAAAAUAUCUUAUCACCCAUGUUUGUUUUAAUUUGUUAUUCAAUCUUCA